CUCCUGACUGGGCUCCUCCCCGCCGCCCCGCCCAGACAAGUUUAUCUUGUGACCGCGGCGGCCGCUCUUCCUUCGUCGAGCUUUGGAGCCUCCUUGUCUGCGAUGCGUUUCCCGGCCGCCGUGUUCCUGUUCCUGGCGUUGUUCGCCGUCGCCCGGGCGGAGCCCGUGCACUUCAAGGACUGCGGUUCUACUGUUGGAGUUAUAAAGGAGGUAAAUGUGAGCCCAUGCCCUACCCAGCCAUGUGAACUGGACAAAGGCCUGUCUUAUACUGUCAAUGUCACCUUCACCAGCAGUACUCAGUCUAAAAACAGCACAGCCUCAGUGCACGGCAUCCUGUUUGGUGUCCCAGUUCCCUUUCCCAUUCCUGAGCCUGAUGGUUGUAAGAGUGGAAUCAGCUGCCCCAUCCAAAAAGACAAGACCUAUAGUUACCUGAAUAAACUGCCAGUGAAGAGUGAAUACCCCUCCGUAAAAGUGGUGGUGGAGUGGAAACUUGAGGAUGACAAACUACAAAAUCUCUUCUGCUGGAGAAUCCCAAUACAGAUCAAAAGCUAGAGCUAUUUGAUGCCCACAAAGGAGUGAGGGGGCAUGUAUGGAGGGAGAGGAGGAAAUGGAAGAGAAACUAGACCUGCUGAAUCAGUGCCAUAAGAUGAAAGGAAUUGCAAGACUUCUGUUUUAUGCCUCUCAGAUGCCAAAAGUUUCUAAGACUGUGUUUCUUAAGAACUCAGAAUGUUGCCUUUGUAAUAUUCUUUGUAAAAAGGCUAAAUGAAGGAAGAGAGUGAGACUGAGAGAUUGGUUUAACUGUUUCCCUUGUUAUUUGCUGUUGCAUUAAGGAAGGCCCAACCAGAUAGGACCAGAAGGAGGUUGCUUAGGGGUAUUACAUAACUUGACCAAAGGUUAUUGGUUCUCAUCAUGAAAAGGGUGUCUUCCAAACCACUUCUGUAGCUGGGAUGUUAUUUCUAUAGGUUCCUCAUCUCUUAAGUGCCUCACUGAGUCCAGUGCAUCUGGCAACCAAGUCUCCUGACCCUUGACAGCACCUUCCAGCCCCAUUGCUUCAACAGUUCAUCACUGGUAUCCAGAGAUUGGUUAGAGAGGGGAUUUCUAUGGCAGAAAUUCAGCUCUGGGUAGCUGGUUCUGUGUGAUUGUCUCAUGUCUUUUGUUCUGUCUUAGAUGGUUUUCAUUAAAGGCAACAGUUGAUCAGCAGAUUUUGGUGGGUUUUUUGUUUUUUUUUUUU